AUGAAGAAAUUUAUACCCAGAGAAGUAAAAGUAACAAGCCUGGGGGUCAAGAACUCUUCUGAGGAAGUGGGACAACCAGACAUUCCAGCCAAUAAUACAGACAGAGCGAAGGAAGGCAGGAUGGUUCAUGGGACCAUGCUGGCAAUAGAUGUUCAGCAGAGAGAAAAUGGAACAGCUGUGAUGGCAGCAUGGGCCAAGCUGGUGGCAGAUGCUCAGGCCAGGAUGAAAGCAACAACACAAGGAUUUACCCGGGAACAAUCAGAAAAUCUUGAGGAAGCUGUUGUACAUUUUCCAAAGACAAAGUCCAAUACAGUUGCCUCAACCCCUCAGAAAUCUCAGAAAGAUGAUGUUCCUCCUAUGCCCACCCCUCUACCUCCUCUGCAUACCUUAUCCCGAAAUAAUCUUCAGGCCUGGUGCCAGAGACUCAAUAUCAGUAAAAAUGGCCGGAAGCACAUUUUAUACAAAAGACUUUUGGAACAUGUGCCACCUUCUGAGCAAGACACUCCCAGCAUAGAAGAAAAGGCCCAGUGGAUAAAAAUUAAAACAGAAACUUCAACUGAAGAGUCUUCAAGUGAAAGUCAGAUGGUGGUUAAAGCAGCAGAGACACUGACAAAUAAGAAAAAGAAAAGAGAAGCAACAAAGACUGCCCUUGUCCAGACAGCCAGCAUGGCAGCAUGGAGCAGACUCAUGGCAACAGUGAAGUCCAAGGCAGUAUGGCCCACGUCCACAUCUUCUGAGCCUACUAGGUCCAAACAGUCAGAUUUACCACGAUGGUGUGUAGUACAUGCUGAAGUUUUUCCUAAUGAUGUCUCUGGUUCAGCUCCUUUGGAGUUCCAUGCUGGACAGACCUGGGUGCCUGAAAAUGACAUAUUGAUUCCUCUCUUAUUAUUGCCUACCUGCUCUUUCCCACCCCCAGAAGUAGAAGACAAUUGGUUGUGCCCCAAAUGUGUCUACAGGAAUAAAAUCCUGAUGGACAAUAUUCUGUAA